UUAAGUUUUCUUACUUAACCCAUUAAGGACUUAAUCCAUUAAGUCCUUUACUCUACUAGAUCAAUGAUAUGGAGAAAUUGGGCUUAAUACACAAUCCAAUCUCAAUAGCCCAAAAGUGGGUCCAAUAAGUCUAAGGCCCAAUUACUCACAAUUAGGGUUUCCACUCAAACAUGGCCCAAUAGGCCCAAAACUAAUCCUUAAGCCCAUUAGGGUUUUGCUUGUGGGGCACCACCCACUACCCACCUCGGGUAGUGGUGGUCAAUGGCGGCUCACGGCGGCGGCCACCACCUUACGGUGGUGGUUAUUAUUAUUUUUAUUAUUCAAUGCUAAUUACAGUUACAAGCUUUUAAUCCACAAAUAAACACACACACACACUAACUACUCUAACACACCAGCCACCCUAGUGGUGGCCGGCGGUGGCUCGGGGUGGCAGCCACGACACGUAUGGUGGUGUGGUUUUUCUUCAUUUUUCGGCCAACAAAACACUCUAAUCAAAAGAAAUACAGCCACACCCAAACUACAAUAAACACACCACACCUUUUUUCUGGAGUAGUAACACAGCCACCCACCUAAGGCGUUGGCGGUGGCAGAAUCCCCGAGACGCGGCAGCAACGUCGCACCUCAGCUGCACGGAGUGGGCGGCGGCCACACGUCUUUGGGCAAAUGAUGGCGAAGGAUGGUCGGAACGACGCCGGAACAGUCGAGUCGGACCAUGAGCACAUCAGAAAAGAAGAAGAAGGAGGAGGAUGGAGGAAAAAUGGUGACGCACACACACCCGGAAACCACGCCGUCAACUGCCCUCAUCCGGAGAUAAAAGUUGUUACGCUCGGUGGCUCGGCUGGUCGGAAAAGCGCAAGCAAAUGGCGACUGCGACUGGGGUGCUCACGCAUGGCGACUGAGGUGCUCACCGGAGGGGGGUUUGCUUCUUCUAACCACGACGUCGGGAAGUCCCAAUGGCGUUCCAUUGGCACGGUUGCAAGCGGCAGCCGAGCUUGUCAUCACCGGCAACGGGGAGCGGCUGGGAGAGGGAGGUAUAAGGGUGGCGGCUGA